ACCCUCCAGAGCCAACUAAUAUGCAUACAUAUGUGUGUGUGGCGCCCUCUCUAUCAUUCUUUCCUCCCUGACAUUCCAGUGCUGUUGAGGGAUUGAAUGCUUGGAUACAGACACAGGAGGGAACAUACAGAGAGAGAGAGAGAGAGAGAGAGGGAGAGAAAGAGGAAUUCUUUCUGGGCUGGACUUCAGUUUGGAAAAACGUUUGGAACUUUUUCCUUUUCCUAUUGCUCAGAGCACGCUUCCAUUCUUCUUUUCUUUUGUCUGUGCUGCUGAAAUCUCCACCUGGGAAUUUUGUCACUCCAGAACCUCCGGUAGCCACAGAAGCAUCCCUGGAAGUUUUUGUACUCGGCUGUGGUCUCUGGACUUCUGCUGGACUUUAAACAGAGCGGGAAUUUGUUGGUCAAGUAAGACCAAAGCAUUGUUUCAUCAACGCAAGGGCUGUGAAGGCCCUGUCACCUCCAGAAUGGCAGCGCUCCUGCAGCCCAACACCAACAGCCUGCAGGUCCCAGGCAGUGACAUAUCUGUGUCCACAUCUCCAUCCAGCUCUCCCUCUCCAUCCCGAAAUGAGUGCAGUAUUGCUCCUCUCACUCCGUCCCCCUCUCCGAGGACGGAGUUGAGGCCGCGUGUAGCUCGUCCGUUCUCUGUAGUCGUGGCUAUUGAUUUUGGAACCACUUCCAGUGGCUAUGCCUUCAGUUUCACUGAGGAUCCCGAGGCCAUCCAUAUGAUGAGGCGCUGGGAGGGUGGAGAUCCAGGAGUGGCCAAUCAGAAGAGUCCCACCUGCCUGCUGCUGACCCCUGAGCUGCGCUUCCAUAGUUUUGGCUUUGCAGCCCGAGACAGCUAUCAUGACUUAGACCCGGAGGAGGCCAGACACUGGCUCUACUUUGACAAGUUCAAGAUGAAGAUCCACAGCACCAGUGACCUCACCAUGGUGACGGAGUUAGAGUCAGUGAAUGGCCGGAGAGUCCGAGCCAUUGAGGUCUUUGCUCAUGCUUUGAGAUUCUUCCGGGAGCAUGCUUUAAAGGAGGUGAAGGAUCAGUCUUCAUCAGUGCUGGAGGGGGAUGAGGUGAGAUGGGUCAUCACUGUUCCAGCGGUGUGGAGACAACCAGCCAAGCAGUUCAUGAGAGAGGCAGCUUACCUGGCUGGUCUGGUGUCUCCAGACUCUCCCGAGCAACUGCUCAUUGCUCUUGAACCUGAAGCUGCCUCCAUUUACUGCAGGAAGCUCCGCCUCCACCAGGUUAUUGACCUCAGCCAACGACCAAUGAUGAAUGGCCUGGACCUGGACGGGUCCCGCCCCUUCGACUCCAGCUUCAGGCAAGCACGCGAGCAGCUUCGCAGAGCGAGACACAGCCGUACAUUCCUCGUAGAGAGUGGAACUGGAGAGCUGUGGUCUGAGAUGCAGACAGGUGAUAAGUACAUUGUGGCAGACUGUGGGGGAGGGACAGUGGAUCUGACUGUGCAUCAGAUUGAACAGCCACAGGGGACACUGAAGGAGCUGUACAAAGCUUCAGGAGGUCCCUAUGGUGCAGUAGGUGUAGACUUGGCUUUUGAAGCCAUGCUGUGUAAGAUAUUUGGUGCCGACUUCAUUGAAACAUUUAAAGCCAAGCGUCCGGCUGCCUGGGUGGACCUGACCAUCGCCUUCGAGGCCCGCAAGCGCACAGCUGCGCCGGGCAGGGCCAGUGCACUCAACAUCUCACUGCCCUUUUCCUUCAUUGACUUCUACAAGAGACACUGCGGUCAGAGUGUAGAGACAGCACUACGCAAGAGCAAUAUGAAUAUAGUGAAGUGGUCUUCUCAAGGCAUGCUGAGGCUCACUACAGAGGCUAUGAAUGAGCUUUUCCAGCCGACCAUCAGCAACAUCAUCAAACACAUCGAGAAGCUGAUGCAGAAAGAGGAGGUCAGGGGUGUGCGCUUCCUGUUCUUGGUAGGCGGCUUCGCGGAGUCGCCCAUGCUCCAGCGGGCGGUCCAGAAUGCACUGGGGCAGCACUGCCGCAUCAUCAUCCCGCAGGAUGUGGGUCUGACCAUCCUGAAGGGGGCGGUGCUGUUCGGGCUGGACCCCACCGUGGUGCGUGUUCGUCGCUGCCCUUUAACGUAUGGCGUCGGGGUCCUGAACCGCUUUGUGGAAGGUCGACACCCCCGAGAGAAGCUGCUCAUCAAGGACGGCCGCGAAUGGUGCACCGACAUACUGGACCGCUUCGUUUCCGUUGACCAGUCCGUGGCUCUGGGGGAGGUGGUUAGACGGAGCUACACCCCUGCGAGGGUGGGGCAAAGGAAGAUCAUUAUCAACAUCUACUGCAGCCCCAGCGACGACAUGCUGUACAUUACAGACCCAGGGGUUCGGAAGUGCGGCGCUAUAACCUUGGACCUGCCUGAGCCGGGCGCAGCGGCAGCGGGCGGCGACGGGGCCGGGGCCGGUGACGGGGCCGGCUCCGAGCGCAGGGAGAUACGGGCCACCAUGCAGUUUGGAGACACCGAAAUCAAAGUAAUGGCUGUAGAUGUGCUGACAGGGCGACAGGUGCGAGCUUCUAUCGACUUCCUGUCAAACUGACUCAAGAACAGAAAAAAAGACAGAAAAAGGACAGGGACGGUUCAAAAGACUGAUUUGGGACCGUCCAUAAAAGGUCCCCAGUUCAUCCUGACAUGAGAGCUAGCGACACAUCCUAACAGAAGUUUAGUUUACGAAGAAGUCGAUUAAAUUUUAUUUUUGUAAACCGUUAUUAUUGAUGAGAAUCAAUAAUCUAACACAUCCAAAACUGGACUGCAAGCAUUUGUUUUGCUUUUUACAACCAAGGACGUUGGAGGCGCCACCUGGUGGUCAUUUCAAUAUGGUGUAAAAUAAACUGAUGAGGGAAAUGAGCUGUUCAUUCAUCAUAAACUGGGACUAGAGGUGCAUCACACACACACACACACACACACACACACAUCACAAACCUAUUUAUAAAGUACUAAGUUUUAGAUAAAUGAUUUAGAUAACAAGAUCCUACUGUGAUAUUUGAUUUAUAAUACACUGAUUUAUUCAAGCAAACGUACAUAGAAAAUAUGCUAUGCAUUAAUGUUUUAUAUGUACCCAAUAAACAUGUAAUUAAACCCUUCUAA